GGGCGCCGCCCUCUUUCGGCUAUUGGCUGCGUGCCCUCGCGGCUCUGAGCGGGGAGAGCGUUUCCGCUGCCGGGUUAAAGGGCAGCCCGUUGCUAGGGGGCGGCGUUGCUAGGGGAGGCCUGGCCGCCCGCGCGCCAUGGCGGGGAACCGGCUGCAGAAGAUCGGGAGCGUGUUCAGCCGGACCCGCAACCUGCUCCGCAUCGGGGUGAUCGAGAAGCCGCUGUGGUUCGACGUCUACGCCGCGUUCCCCCCGCUGAGGGAGCCCGUGUACCGGGUGCCGCGGCCGCGCUACGGCAAGGUGCAGGAUGUCGUCCCGCCCGUCUUCUACCCGGAGGACGAAGUGCGAGCGAAAUUUUACAGAAUUUAUGGCAAUGGCCCAAGACCUUUCGACCUGUCACAGUCAAACUAUAAAUCUACUUGCCAAAGGUUUGUUGAAAAAUACAAUGAACUGAAGGAAGGAGGAAAAAUUGAAGAGGAAAAAUUGUUUGAAGAAACAGGAAAAGCCCUUUUAGCCAGUGGGAUAAUUCUGCAGAGAAGAGGAACAGAUAAAGUAGCACAACAGGAUCAUCACAAGGUUGAAACCAGGGAUUCUGCGUUACACCUGCAGCUCCAAACUGUGCUGGAAGAGAUACAGGAGAAGAAGAAAGGUCGGGAGGAGCAGGUGCCAGAGUCGGCAGAAGCGCAGAAGGAAGAUCCCUUUCCCUCCUGACAGCCCUGGGGUUCCCCGCGACACCCCGACUGUCACUGCAGGAGCCGCCGCUUCUGCCUCCGCAGCCCGGGGUUGUGAGACGCUUGUUUUGGCGGAACACGCCUCAGUUCCCCGGCUCUGGUGCCUUCGUCGUGGUGUGCGGGGCGCGGGUUCUGCCACCUCCCUGUGGGUAAAAUUGGAGAUAAUACAUUUUUUUGAGGUUCAAGACCGUGAUCUCAAAUGGUGGCUUGCAAAAUACAAGUAUAAAAGUGGAAAAUUAAACGUUUUCUUUAAAAAUGGGAAGUUCCUUUUCUUCAGGCGCCUUGUUUCCAGCAGUAAAGGUGUCUCAGCUUCUCGUGCGCGGCGGUGCAGGCCCUGUGACAGUCCUGCCGUGGAAAUGGCAGCUGCUGCUGGCCUGACGUGUCCGAACAGCCGCCCGAAGGGUCAGCUUUUUAUAGCUGAUGGAGAAGAGUUGCUAUUUAUAGAAACGCAACAACGUGCUCUUCCUAGUCCAUCAUUUGCUUAAAUUCAGAAGGUAACAGUACCAGAUAAUGGGACUUUUGCUGGUGUUAGUGACUCCUUAGUGAAGUCGCUCACCUCAGAAGUGUGAAAGACACGAUGUUACAGCUUUGCUGGAGUGAGAGCCCAGAGCUGCUGCGGGAAUAGACACAGGGACUCGGGCAAUGUGAGAAAAUAACAAUCUCACCAGGAGUCACAGCCGGAUGGAGUUUCAUUCUUCCUGUGUCUGCAACCCCCAGGGCCUACCUUCAUUGUAUUAAAGAUUUAAACUGUU